AUGUACGUCGCAGCAGUACUUUCUAUGAUGGCGGCCCAUUGGGCUGCCGUUAUCAUCAGUUUCGCAAUCUGUUAUUUUAUCGGCUCUGCGAUCUAUAACUUGUACUUUAGCCCGUUGGCAAAGUAUCCCGGCCCGUUGUUCGCAAGAGUCUCUGCCCUUCCAGAUUUCUACUGGUCUCUAACCGGUGACCGGCAUAUGUGGAUUGCGCGCAAUCAUGAGAUCUAUGGGGAUGUGGUUCGCUUUCGCCCUGACGGCCUCCUCUUUAGAACCCCUCAGGCCUACCGAGAUAUCUUCAACGCCAAAGCCAACGUCAAGCGAGCCAAGUUCUACGACAUGAUGACGCGGAAUAAACAUGACACGAGUACCAUCACUGGGACAGACCCAACCCUCCAUGCUCAGAAAAGGCGGGUUCUAAAUACUGUCUUCUCGGAAAAGUCGCUUCGUUCAAUGGAGCCAUUCCUGGUUAAGCAUGUGGCACGCUGGUGUGAGCUCCUCAUUGAUGGAGAUGGCACGGAUUGGUCGACUCCACGGAAAAUGUCCGAUGCAUGCGACUAUCUGGUCCUGGAUGUGCUAUGUGACCUCUGCUUCGGGCAGUCUGUCGAUACCAAGGAACCCGGUGAGAAUGAAUAUCGUAAGAUUCCUCAUGCGAUUGGCUCGUUUCUCCAGGUCCUUUACCCGCUUGGUCAUUCUCCAUGGCUAGACCUUGUCGUCUGGUUAAAGCCAAGAGGCCUCGAUUGCGUGUUUGGGGCCCUGACUCCUCCGCACAUUCAAUUUCUCUACGACUUUGUGAAACAGUCGUUAGCGCAGCGUCUCAAGGUCGAGAAAGAAACCCCGUCGCCGGGACAGGAAGGCCGAGGAGACAUGCUUCACUAUCUGAUACAUGCGAAAGACCCUGCAACCGGUCGCGUGGGGUACACUCCAGAAGCGCUGGAAGCCGAGGCAAUAAUGCUCACGAUUGCCGGUUCCGAUACCACCUCCGUGAUCAUGGCCGGGUUCUUCUUCUAUAUUGUGCGGACGCCUCGUGCUUAUCGGAAGCUUGUUAAUGAGAUAAGAUCCACCUUUAGCUCCGUCGAUGAGAUCCGAAGCGGCCCGAAACUGACGUCCUGCCAAUACCUUCGGGCUUGUGUGGAUGAGGCGAUGCGCAUUACGCCUGCCGGACCAUCUGAGUUGCCCCGGAUUGUGCUGCCUGGAGGCAUCAUAGUUGCUGGGGACUAUAUCCCCGAAGGAACAACUGUUGGUGUGGCGCAUUGGAGCUUUUACCGCAAUGAGGAGUACUUCCCAGACCCCAACGUCUAUCGCCCCGAACGAUGGAUAGUGGAUGAGGAGACCGGAGUUACUACGGAAGAUGUGGCCAGGGCGCGGUCUAGUUGUUUUCCAUUUGCUGCUGGCACGACCGGCUGUGCUGGGAAGAAUUUUGCCCUUGUGGAACUUUACAUGACCAUUGCAAGCACAUUGUGGCAGUAUGACGCGCGUUUACUUCCAGGAGACAUGACAGGGGCUGGCAGCAAGACGCAAGGAUGGGGAAAGAGGAACCCAAAUAUUUUCCACGUCAAGGACAAGUAUAUCAGCGUCAGGGAUGGGCCGAUGGUUCAGUUUAAGAAGCGAGUAGCUUAG